AUGUCUGGAAGACAAAAACAUCGACGUGGUGGACCUAAGCGCCGGAGACCUUCGUAUCUUGUGCGACAGGAUGAAAUGAAUAAGCUUAAGACACAGUUACAGGUGCUUGAAAGCCAAUUGGCACAUCUUCAAGCUCGUCCCAGGAGUGUCCAAGCCCAAAUAUUAGAUGUUGUGGGCGCAAAUAAUUCCCUUCGAGAAGUAAUAUAUAGUCAGCAGCUGGCGGUAGCAGGUGCUCAAUCGAUGCUUGCUCGAAUACCGGAGAGACAUAUAGGAAGUCCAUUAUGCCGAUAUAUUCAUCUUCCAAUGGAGUGGUGGGAGCGACGUCAAGUGCUGCUGAGUCUAAAAAGUGACAUGAUUACUAGAGGCAGUCAGUACGUGAUGGCUCGAAGUCAGCAUCUGGAUUUACUAAAACCUCAGUUGAUGGAUCAUCGGUACGAAGAUGCUCAGGGAAAUUUUUGUUGUGAAAGAUUCGAGUUUUUUCACUUUACGGGUGCUCAGUCGAUAAAGCAAGUUUUUGAAGCCAUAAAGUAUUUUAUGCUGAAUAUGGAGAUCACGAUUUCGGAAGCGUUAGGGCAUACGACAGUUCGUGAAGACUAUGAUACGGUGGACGAGGACACAUCGAUCUGGAACUAUCGACUGCUGUCGACGAAUAGCCAUGAGAUUACAUCGGAGGUAAACAAGGUAGUAAUAACGGAAUACCUCGAUAAGUCAGUGGAGAUGGGUGGGAGACCUUGUGCUGUGGUGGCCACCGACAGUGUUGAUGUUGACGACUUGUAUCCGUACGACCCACGAGAGAGGGUGCGACGAGACAUUAGUGCCACGACUGUACUUACGGAAAUGAGGUGCAAAAAGUCGAUGUUGACGGUGAGUGAACAGCAAGCCAGCAACACGUCCGACAAUGACGAAGGGAAAACCUCUCAAGUUGAUGGUGGGGACGAGGAGGAAGAAGUCGUUGUUGUGAUGCAGCGUGUCGCUUUCAUGAAGAUGUACAAGCCAGACUUUGAGAUUUCACGAAAUGCAAUGCGCUCGUUGAAGGAAGGCAUAGCAAGUUGGGGCGAGGUCGAGGUUCAGUCAAUUCGAGGAGCUGUUAAUGGUUGA